AUGACAGAUACAACAACGCCACCACCGCCGCCUCCACCUAAGGAGGCGGAAGAUGCUUCCAAGGGGCAAGAAAACGGAGGGGAAGAGGAGAACGAGGAAGACGUAGCGAUGCCACCAGCACCCGCUCCGCCAGCAGCCUCGGCUGCUGCCGCAGCACCUGCCGCUACGGUGGCUGCGGUUGCUGUUGCUGCGCCCGCACAGACUGGGGGAGGGAAGAGAUCUCCGAGCGACUUCCUGAAGACUGUGCUGGGGCGUCCUGUGGUGGUGAAGCUGAACUCGGGGAUAGAUUACAGGGGCGUGUUGGUGUGUCUCGACGGUUACAUGAACAUCGCCAUGGAGCAAACAGUCCUGUACAUCAGCACUCAACGACGAAGGUGAUGCGGCGGGACCAAAAAUCACCACACCCCCAGCAUACCUUGCUUUGGAGGGAUGCUCGGCCUCAACUUUACCCGGGACUCUUUGCGUCCGUCCGAUCACGCAAACUGGCUCCUACUUUUAAAUCUCUCGCUUGCUGAUAGCAGGGCCGAGCGCGGUGGAGCGGGGUGCGGGGCGGGGCGGAGCGGAGCGUUUGCAAACCUGCCAUUUGUUGUAGAUCGAAGACAAGUGCAGUUUCGCUUACCCACCGCUGCACGCAAGACGUUGUAUACCUUUAGUCUUGAUGUCAUCUGGCGUUUCUUUUUAAUUAUCGCUUGUUCGGUCCCCCCCCCCCCGAGACCACCGCACGCACAUGAAGUAUGUAGAAGGUACUGAGUCUCGUCGAUACCUUUGUGCUCCCGCAUGUCUUUUGCCAUGAGAGAUCGCUCCGCCGUAAGGGGGCUGAGUGGCCAAUAUUCCCGACUUGCCACAUUUCCUCCGGGGUUUGAUCUUUUUUUCGUGGAGAAGCACGAUAUACGUGGUGAAGGAUAUUAGUGUUGUGCCCUGUCGAUUCGAAUCCCUCCGGAUGUUGGUUUUCAUCGAACGAAGUGGAAUCGAGUAUCGAAAGGCGAUCGAAAAUCUCUUUUUGAGUAGGAGACCCUUCACAUUCUGAAAGGGGAAGCGAUAAUGAUGGAGUGUGUUGUGUUGUUUCCAAGUGUUGUAUUGUACGCAUAUGUAAUCCCGUUUUGUUGUCCGCGGCUCGCAGUUGUUUUCCGUACCGCCAAGGUUGAAAGGUACGACCGUCCAUCGUGACAAGACAGUGGUUUACCGGGAAUUGAACGAAGAUUGUGUUGGUAGACAGCUUCUGGCCAUAUGCUUCGCUGCCUUUGAAUGGCAGAGCAGAGAAGCGAAGGCCCUGGGUAGAAGCUUUUCUUUAUUCAUCUCAAGACGAUGUCGAC